AUCGUCGUUUAACGUUGCAUGCAAAGCACGUACGUACGCUCUUUCUUUCCGGCUGGUACGCCAUCAUAUGAUUCAGGAUGGGAGCAUAUAGGUAUAUGCAGGAGUUAUGGCGCAAGAAGCAGUCGGAUGUGAUGCGUUUUCUGCUGCGUGUUCGCUGCUGGCAGUACCGCCAACUGUCCAACCUCCACCGUGCUCCUAGGCCCACUAGACCUGAUAAGGCCCGUAGGCUGGGCUACAAGGCCAAACAGGGUUAUGUAAUCUACCGUGUCCGUGUGCGCCGUGGAGGUCGUAAACGUCCUGUGCCCAAGGGUGCUACCUAUGGCAAGCCAGUGCACCAUGGCGUCAACCAGCUCAAGUUUGCCCGCAGUUUGCAGUCCAUUGCUGAGGAGCGUGCUGGCCGUCACUGUGGAGCUCUGCGAGUGAUGAACUCCUACUGGGUGGGCGAGGACUCCACCUACAAGUUCUACGAAGUGAUUCUGAUCGACCCCUUCCACAAAGCCAUUCGGCGCAACCCUGACACCCAGUGGAUCACCAAGGCUGUGCACAAGCACAGAGAAAUGCGCGGCUUGACGUCUGCAGGAAAGAAGAGCCGCGGCCUGGGCAAGGGCCACAAGUUCCACCUGACCAUCGGAGGCUCCCGCCGCGCUGCCUGGAAGAGGAGAAACACUCUGCAGCUGCACCGCUACCGUUAGAGCCUCCCAUGCCCCCCUGUACAUUUACACAAAUAAAAAGCCUUUAUAUGGUCA